AUGCAGCCAACGGCCCCACACUCGGGGACGGGGGGCCCCCCUUCCCCGCGCUGCAUCAGCAGCAGCAGCAGCAGCAGCAGCAGCACUACCUGGGGCCCCGUACCCUCUCUGGCUCUGCACACCUUCAGCAGCACAACCCCUAUCAGCAGCAGCCCUCGGCAUGAUCUAAGCAGUAUCGACGGAGGAACUUUGUUGCUGCUGCUGCAUCAGCUACACCGCCGCCCUGAGCGGGGCCCUAACGCAGAGGGGGGGCCCCCGGGGGCCCCCCGGGGGGCCCCCUCUUCACCGGAUGAAGAAGGGGCCAGUGAGGGCCCAAGCGUGCGUCUCUCCAGCAGCAGCAACAGCAACAGCAACAGCAGCAGCAGCAGCAGCAGCAGCAGCAGGGAUAUGCUGCUGCAGCUGCUAGCUGACGAGAUAAUGCCUCAGUUUUUUGCUCACACCUCAAUACAGAAUCUGCUGUCUCUGCUGCAGCAGCACCAGCACAAUCCGGAGCGUCUCUCUCAGGCCCUCGAAGAGGAAAUAUACACCUGGGGAAGACAAGAGGGGCCCCCCCUCUCAACCCCGGGGGGCCCCCCUCCUCCUAAAGGGCCUUCAGGUUUAGUGAGAGGCUGGAGACUGUCUCCUAGGCCCUUGUUAGGGCUCAUUGACGGGUCCCCCCUUAGAGUGGUUGGCCAGGGGGCCCCUCAGGGGCCCCUAGAGAGUCUUCUAAGGGGGGGCCCCCUAGAGGGGCCCCCCAGGGGUCUUCGUAUUAACUCCGAUUGGUCUCCUUCGCCUAGCCCUAGGAGGCCCCGGGGCCCCUGUGCAUCAAAGGAGGGGCCCCCUGCACUUCCCGCAUCGAGUCAAUUAAUAGAUACACCUCAGGAUGAGUUUGUUACUCCUGUAGGGGCCCCCGAAGAGGUUGAGGAGGGGCCCCUUGAGGGGGGCCCCCAGCCUUCCCUCAAUAGAGGAGAGGCAAUGGGGUACCCAGGCCUUUUGAGGGGCCCCACUGAGGAGACAGAUGCAGCAGAGGGGCCCCCUUCCCUAGGCUUAGCCUCGGAUGAGGGCCCCCUUGGGGAUGGUAGCAGAAGAAGCGUAGCAGAGACAGAAACAAAUGCGUUAGAGAAGGCCCUUGGGGGCCCCCAGGGGGCCCCCACUCGGGGACUGGAUGAAGCAAACCCCGUACUUGCUUCAGUGCGCCGCGCUCGGGAGGAGAGGAGUUUGCGCGCUCCUCUGUCUCUUGAUGAGGAGACAGAAGGAAGCAUUGCUGCUGCCUUUGAUGAUGAAGAGGGUAUGGGUCUGGAGGCCUUUAGAGACAAGGUUGUGGGGCCCCUCUUAGGUCUGGGCCCCUUCUUAGCGGGGCCUCUCUUUAAAAGGAUAGACAGCGACGGGUCCGGGGUGUUGACUCCGGAGAAGUUGAAGAGCUUCUGGAGGGGUCGUCUCAUUCUUAAAACAAGAGACCCUUCUCUAAAUGGAGGCGUUGCUAUGCCUCCUCUCCCCACAUACGGGGGGGGCCCCCUCGCGGAGACCCUUGAGGUCGAGGAAGACCAGGGGGCCCCCUUGGGGGCCUCCCUGGGGGCCCCCGUCCUCACUAGAGGCAGUCUUAUUAACUUCAUGGGGGCCCUUGCAACGAGGGGCCCCUCCAUAUACCCAGAAGACCUCAAGCCAUGGGUGCUGGAAGUGGCGCACUGCGCACCCGACAUGGCCUUUCUUCUGGAUCCGCAAUCCGAGGAGUACUUAGAGAAAUAUGUGGAUUCGGUUGUUGCGCGCAUCAUGUUCUACGUUGACGAGGACUCUAAGGGGUGGCUCUCAAUGCGAGAUCUGAGGAGGAGCCCGCUGGUGCAUGUUUGGUGUAGCCUCAACCCCUCGGUGGAGUUAAGCGUCAUCCGCAAGUUUUUUAGCUAUGAUCAUUUUUAUGUACUUUACUGCGCAUUUCACGAACUUGAUGAAGAUGAUGACUUCCUUCUACACCGCAGCGAUGUUUGCAUCAUUUGGGAUUUGGGAUUUGGGAUUUGGUCGUAG